AUGUCUCCCUCCCUGCGAAAUGUUUCGAAUCGAAAUAACAACUUCUUCUAGCAAAUAGAAAGAAACAACUUUGAGCUCGACGGUGAACGCGCUGAACUGAAUAUAAUAAACUCUCUUCUGAUUGUAACACUCAAACUGUGACUCUUUCAUGGCACCGCACGAUCUCCGCCGUCCGUUCAAGCGACCGGCGAUCUCCGAUCAAGAGAGGCGCAGGGAACAGUCUUUGCUCCGCCAAGCACAGAAUCGCCGGGACGCUCAGCAUCACGCCCGCUUCUUAGUCUCCACCGCCUUCAAUCUUCCAUCCCAAACCCCCCACACCAACCUCCCCGAACCAGAACCUGAACCCACCGAAACCCCCGAACCUUCGCACACGGACCUCGACGUUCUCGAGGCCUCGAAGCUGAAACCCUCAGAGGCUCGCAAAUGGUUCGCCAAACAGCUCAUGCUCCCCGAAUGGAUGAUCGACAUUCCCAACAACCUCUCACAAGACUGGUUUGUUUUCGCUCGUCCCUCGGGUAAACGCUGUUUUGUCGUUUCGUGUAAUGGAACGACUAUAAGCCGUUUGCGUAACGGUUCCAUUCUGCACCGUUUUCCCUCUGCGUUGCCGAAUGGGGCAAGGAAGAAGGACUCUUCCUCUGGUUCUUCUCAGUCUUACUCUAUAUUGGACUGCAUCUUUCACGAGAUGGAUCAAACUUACUAUGUUAUUGACAUGGUUUGUUGGCGGGGAUAUUCGUUGUAUGAUUGCACUGCGGAGUUCAGGUUCUUCUGGUUGAACUCCAAGCUCGCAGAGACUGGUGCUUGUGACCCUCCCUCGCAUUAUCACAAGUACAAGUUCAGUUUGGUUCCGGUAUAUGGUUGUGACCGGAACGGCCUCCAUGCGGCUUAUACGGCACCGCUGCCUUAUGUCAAAGAUGGUCUUCUAUUUUAUAACAAGCAUGCGCACUACGAGGCAGGAAUUACGCCAUUAGCGUUAGUUUGGAAGGAUGAAAACUGUAGUCAAUAUGUUAUGGACACAGACAGUAAAGGACAGGUUCCAAACCAACAGCAGGUGGUUUUGGAGUUUCAAGAAGAUGGAAAACUGACUACCUCUGAUGAUCCUCCAGUGGUUUUUGGCUGUUUAGAUGGAAGUUUUACAGAACAGUCAGGGCUGCAUUCAGGAUGUCUUCUACGGUUUACAAUUGGAGAGGGAGGAUUGGUUUUGAUGGAUGGGAAGCUUGAGAAUGCUGAUCUAAAUUAUCUUGGCCAGGCCAAUCGAGCUCGUGCCUCUGCUGAUAGUUUCUCUAAGGUUAUGUUCCAAUACAGUGUUAGACACUCCCCCCUCAGGAUUGAUGAUCUGUUGGGAUCUGUCAGUUCACCAGUUGAUCAAGAAAGCAAACCUUGUGAUAUUGAGAUGGAUGGUUGAUAGGGAAUGCGCUAUGGAUUGCAUGCCAAUCUCUUAUCCUGAGAGCAUGCUAAAAGUUAUCACCUUAAUUUUUGGUUCACUAUGAUGCUUAAUGUUGUGAAGGCUUCCAUAAUUUAUACUGAGGAUCCAGAAGAUUGCUACCUACCACACGUACUGAGACAGAGUUGUAACAGUCGUACGUAUGUUUCAAUUUGUAAAAGAAAUUUCUUCAACUUAGACGGGAGCAAGUGUGCAUAUGCAUGUUAUCCAUAUUGUGUCUGGUUUAUUUGUUGCUAGGCGCUAGCAGCCACUGUAUUUGAUUUAGUUUUUAAAAUUCCUAUUCAUCAGUGUACGGUGUAGCAUGACUUGUACAGUCUAUUAUAAAUUUGAAGUUGAAUUCACUUCAUAAAUAUAAGUUGUUUGCUGGGCGACCUCUUUCU